AUGUUGUCGUCCCUGGCAGGGUGGCCGUUAAGAACACGGCAUGGGUAUGACGACACUAGCGAUAGUAGUGCCACCUCCAAAGUCUUAAGUCUUCCCGAACUUUUCGAAAAGGUACUUCAAUUCGUAACGACAAAGGAUAUCAAUAAAUUUCGGCGGGUAUCCAAAACAUGGCGGUUGUUUAUCGAUACCUCACCUAGAUUGAGUACGAUUGCCUUUCGUAAUCCUCGACUGUUCACUGAAGGUGAAGUUCCGGAUCUUUGUGAAGGGUAUCUCAAGUUUUUGGAGAGACAUAUGUUGGAAGGGAUUCGAACGAUAGAGAUUGAAAGUACUCGGGGUCAUAACUCUGGGUCAGUUGGAGAAUUUAAACAGUUUCAGAAGGUUGCUGGGAGUAAGGUAUCGCUUUCGGCAGACUUGCAGGUUACUCAACGGGCGAGUUCGUCGGUCCAUUUGGUGUUCUACGGAUAUGGAUCCACGCGAUGGCAAAACAAAGCCGCUGAUUUCGUACAAUCAAGGCCUGGCGACAUAAUCAAAAUAGACGGUCACCAUUAUUACGGUUACUACCGUCAACUCGAUAAUAUCCACGGCGUGAGAUGUAAUGAAGUAUUCCAAGCCAUCAUGGCAACGAUCAAUGCCUUUUAUUCGUUCCAAGAGGAAUUCUUUGUUACGAGUAUCAGCCUUCAGACCAGAAAACUGGGGGUUUUACCCAGUUUGGACGGACCCACGAAUUUUGAGAAGGAGAGGGCACUAUGGGAUCGCCAUUGGUUUAAACGUGAGUUUAAGAACACUGCUCCGUCUUUAGCUAUCCGCAAAGUUUCUGACAUUGGCAAAACGAUGAUCUCUCAGCGCGAACGGAUGGGAAUAUUCCUACUGCUUUUCUUAUUAUACUUAUUCCUGUCAUGGUAG